AGUGCUCUUAAGAGGCUGGAAAUUAAGAUGUGUAAGCAAUUGGAGUCACUUCCAGACAGGUUGCUGCAGGAUUGUACACAACUUGAAGAGAUGCAGAUUGAGUAUAUGAAAAAUCUCAGAAGCUUACCUCUUGAUUUCAUGCACAACCUCAGCGGUCUUGUUGAAUUAGAGUUAAAUUCUUGUGAAGGUUUAGAGUCCUUGCCAGAAAUCGACCCGUCGUCUGUCCCCAAUCUUAAAACUUUGGAGAUUUACAAUUUGAAGAAUCUCAAGUCUUUACCCAAUGAGAUGUGCAACCUCACAUCCAUUCGACAUUUAAUCAUAAAGGAUUGUCCAGGUAUUGCAUCCAUACCAGAAAGAGGUUUUCCUUUAAACCUCAAAACACUUGAAAUCAAUGGUGAAGGCUUGAGGCAGUCAAUGUUAGAGUGGGGCCUCGACAGGCUUACCUCACUUGAAUCAUUUGAAAUUGGGGACAUAUGUCCUCCGGAUAACUUGCAGCUUCCGAAGUCUCUAAAAAGUCUUACUAUAAUAAGGAUGAGUAAUUUGAAAUCCAUACCAAAAGACCUCCUUCAAAACCUCCAUUCUCUCGAGAAUUUAUGUUUUUAUUUAUGCCCACAGCUUCAAUCCUUCCCUAAGGAAGGCCUACCCACCUCACUUCAAAGGUUCGUGCUCAUUGGCUGUUAUCUUCUGAAAGAACGGUGCUUGGAGGAGAAAGGAGACUAUUGGCCUCUCAUAGCCAACAUCCCUUACGUUAUGCUUUAAGACUAAAUUGGAGUCAGGUCUUGCAGUUGGUAUGGAGUUUUCUGUCAUGCCUCAAUCUUAACCUAUUCAUGAUCCAUUUGUUUGCAAAAACAAAUUUGUAUUUUGAGAAAAGAUGUUUGACAUGGAUUCUACCAUAUUCUAGUACAUCUAUUGAAGAGUAACUUGGAUAAUUUAGCUUUUUGACAUGUGGGGUUGGCCGUUGGUGCUGUGAGGGCAUUUGAAGAUGAAAAGUCUGAAGAUACCUAAAAGCUGAAUUUGUUGUGAAACUGCUUCUGUAGAUGUUGGAAACCAAAGGCAGGACAUGUGGCACAAUGAUGAGCUUUGGUUAUUAAGUUAAUGGUAAAGAACUAGGGUGGUCUUGAAUACAAACAUUACUUUGUACUCUCAUUAUAACAUGACCCACAAAUUCUUAAGUAUAUAUAUGCUUAGAGUGUGUGUGAUCAGUAACAUGUAUCCUCCGUUGAACAAAUUAGUAGAGGUUUCACCUUCAAAUAAUGUUCGAGUGAUUCUGUUGAAGUGGUUUCAUAUGGUCAUAUUUUCAUGUGUGAAAGAAUUUAUGGUUAGAGAGUAAAUGGUGUUUUUGUUU